GAGUAUUACGGUAUAGUACGGUAUCGAAGUACAACCACUUCCUGCAACUCCCAAAGCACUUUGAAGACUGAAAUUGUGCCAUGCACCACGCUUUAUUUCUCCCUGAAAUUACACGCAAUAUUUUUGAAUUGCUGAAUCCUUUUAUCUCAGAACCCAAAUGCGCUCAUCGGCCCAAUCCGCUUCGUCUGGAGGAUCUCGUAGCAGUUGCGACAACGUGUCAUGCGUUGAGCGGUCCGGCGCUCGACGCGCUAUGGCAUACUCAAGUGUGCUUUGGACCAUUGCUGAUGUGUAUGCCGCCAUCGGUCGUCGAAGUUCAAGAUAGUGAUUAUGAACCAGACGAGGAUCGGAGUAUUCUAUCUUGUGAUGAACCGUACUUGCGUCGGAGCAUUCACCUGAUUCAAGACCCUUCGCCCUCGGAUUUGUUAUGGAUGCUUCCUUAUGCUCGACGGAUCAAGAACAUAGGUCCGCCUGUAGCCGAUUGUCAUUGGCCUCUUCCCGAACUUUUCUCGAUCCCCUCCCAUAUCAUCAAUUGGCUUUUUUCGGCCUACCCUAUGCAGAGGUUUCUACCCCGUCUCACUUACAUGUCGUGUCUCAAAUUUGCGCCCCUGAUGGGCAUGGGGGACAUUAUGGACGUCUCGUUCGCGCCAUUAUCCCGUAGUAACCUCAAGAGUUUCGACCUUUAUUCCGAAUUCGAUGAGGAAGUGGGAGACUGGCCAUUACUUUCGGCUCUGGUUAAUGAUCUCCCUCAGCUCAGGACGAUAAGAUUGGAAUUGAGCGUUUGGGAUCACAAUAUGCACAAGCUCUACUCUUCUCUGUGCUUGUUCCGCAACUUAGAACACCUGGAUCUUACAAUCAGCCGGCAGUUUUCCGAGGAUUAUGGCAUCGCUGACAUUCAAAUCAAGUUCCCUUGUUUACAGAAACUGAAAUUGUCAAGCCCUACCAAAUUUGCUGCUAGUUUUUUGACAGCACUACAGUCAACGGUGCUCCACACCCUUGACUUGAUGAUCAUGGAGCUCUACUCAUCAGCUGGCAGCCGGCAUGAGAACUUAGACCGCCAUCGAGUCUUUUCGUCCUUGCGGUGUCUAACGAUCUCAAGUGAUUUCUGUUUCAUGAUGUCACUCAUAGAAGCUGUUGACUCGAGUGCGCUGAAUAGCAUUUCCUUGUUCCUCCCCCCCACAUUUGAUGGCGAACAUAUUGCGCGCGCGUUUACUGCCUUGAUCAUGUCGAAGAGAGGAUGGGCAUCAUCCCUGAGGACCAUUACCCUGCACCAAAGAAAACUCUCCCUACCACUUAGCAUCGAUAACGACGUGUUCUGCGGUUCAAGUCACCCAUACUUCCUUGCCAUUGAAGACCUGCUCGUCUUCUCCCACUUGCAGCACGUUAUACUGGACGACCUCGUGAUAUCAUUAGACGCGUCGGUGUGCAAGAAGCUUGCCACCGGGUGGCCAGACCUGGUCGAAUUCGACUUCAAUCCUUCCUCCAUCAAGGAGCUUGCGACAGCUACUAUAAAUGUCGGCAGUCUGGCCACAUUCGCAAGGCAUUGUCCAAAUUUAUCGCGUCUUCAACUUGGUAUCCCGUUGGAUACAACAGAGUUGCCAGUACUCGAUGAUGAAACGCUUACCAUUUUGUCAUCGCGCCCCACGCGUUCUACGUGCAUGCUGAUAGCGGUGGACGCGGAUUCAUACCCGGCCAAUCCAAAAGCAGUGGCAAAAUUUCUCGCCACGGUGUUUCCUGGUAGAGAAAUCAAGAUCGUGAUUACUCCAUCAUACAAACCUUCAGAUGGGUGGAAUGAAGUUGUGGAAUGGCUCAGGAGGUCACAGCCGAGCAGCCUCGGAUUCGGCUCUCAUUAUUAUUCAAACCUGUGUAGUGUGUGUCGGUUUGGUCAGUAGCUGUACCUUCGUUAUAACGAGAAGUGGAGAACAUGAAACAAAAAUUGUGCCUAAAAAGGUAUUAAGACGGCUCGUUCCAUUGGCGAC